AUGCAACAUUUAAUUGCCAUUUUUCUUUAUCUCGAGAUUGGUUGUGGUAUGAAACUUGGUGAAUCAUAUGAUAAAGAAGUUGCUAGAAUUGCUCAACAAAAAUAUUACAUUUCAGUGAAUAAUAAAAUUCAAAACAAAGACUAUGAGACUAAUGAUGAAUAUAAUUGUUUUUUAGCAUCUAAUGCUAUUUCAGGGAAACAAUUUUCUCAAACUUUAUUAAAUAGUUCUGAUUUAGUUCAAUUACCUUCAGUAGCAGUAGCAGUAGAAGUUCCCGUUUCAUCAAAAAGUGGUGAAAUAUCUAUUUGUGAUACAACAACUACUGAAACAACCACAGGUUCUACUAUUUCAACAGCUGGAACAUCUGUUGAUUCUUAUAAUGAAUUUUUUCAGAUAAAAUAUCAGAAAUUGGAAUAG